AUGACUGCGCAUGCUCAGUUACUGUCACUCCCGAAGAUAGCGAAGAUUGUAGCAGCAAUGAAGAAGAGAGUCAGUCUUGGGUUCAUAGAAGGUAAAGGCUGGAAGAGGCAACCCUGUCCCGACGGAACAGCUUACAGUGCUGACCAUUGUGCAUGCUCAGUUAGUGUUGCUCAUGGAAGUAGUGAUGACAGCAGCAGCAGUAGCGAGGAGGAUAGUCAUUCUUGGAGUCAGCAAAGGUUCGAAAAAGGCUCCAGAGUUUCAGCAGGUUAUGGCGACAGUAGCAGCGUAAAAGGUGACAGUUCUUGGAAUACUGCUAGCUAUCAUAAACAAGCCGUUCCCUGCACCCGAAAAGCAACCCACGAUAAAAGCUCAUACGCGCAGUUUAUUGAGGGUAGAGGCUGGAUAACUCAACCCUGUCCCGAUGGAACAGCUUACAGUGCUGACGAUUGUGCAUGCUCAAUUAGUGUUGCUCAUGGAAGUAGUGAUGACAGCAGCAGCAGUAGCGAGGAGGAUAGUCAUUCUUGGAGUCAGAAGAGUUUCGAAAAAGGCCCCAGAUUUUCAGCAGGUUAUGGCGACAGUAGCAGCGUAAAAGGUGACAGUUCUUGGAAUACUGCUAGCUAUCAUAAACAAGCCGUUCCCUGCACCCGAAAAGCAACCCACGAUAAAAGCUCAUACGCGCAGUUUAUUGAGGGUUGGGGCUGGAUAACUCAACCCUGCCCCAAAGGAACUGCUUACAACGCCGAUGACUGCGCAUGCUCAGUUACCGUUGCUCAUGGAGAAAGUGACGAUAGUAGCAGCAGCAGCAGCGAAGACCAGUAUUAUUGA